UGGUCUUCCCAAACCAUACCCAAGUGUUACACCACACAGCUGGAACCGCUGGCGUGCAGGCUAAGAGCGCCAGAGACAGGCCAGGCUGACAACAAGCCUGGGGAAUCAGCGGCCUCGGGACCUGGUGGCACCUGGAGCGGGAGACGGAGUCUCCAAGCCACCGUGGCUCCUCGGAGGGCAUGCCAAAGCCGCCGUAACUUCCUGUUCAGCGUUACCUCUAGGACCUGGAGGGAACCGAAAUGACUGGGCUCCGCCGAGAUUGCAAGGAGGAAGACAAGCGCCACCAUAACCGGGUCUGAAGUCGGGCUGUUCCCGCAAAUCCAGGCUCCCUUUUCUUUCCUCCCGGACCUUGGCAGCCUCCGCUUCUCCCAGCACCGGCGGAGAGAUCCCUGCCGGCCAUCUGCUCCCGUUGGAGGCUUUCUUUGUGUCCGACAAUCGCAAGGCAAGCAGGGAGGGAAGGAUUCGCCUCUCUGGCGGCAGAGGAAGCGGAGGCUCUGAUUUCCUACCUUAAAGUAUAAAUUAAUAUCUAAGAUGGAGAAAGAGGAAAAAAUACAAAAUUCAGAUUCCCAAAGCACUGGAGAAGGGACAGUGAGAAAUGAGACCAGCUCAGAAGUUACUGUUGCUGGUGACAAAGUGGCCUCUGCAGCCGUCACCGUGGCCACCGCUGCCGUAGCUGCUGUCAAGACUGUUGUCGGGAUCCAGUCACAACUUUUCAGCCGUUUGGCCACCCGCCGCACGUUUCUGCCCAGCCACCGUCGUGACCUCCUGGAGCUUGAGCAGAUGGUGGAAAACGCAGCCGCCGUGCGCCUCCGAGCAGUGGUGGAAACCAGCAUUGAUUCUUUGCGCGCCAUGAUGUGUUCAUGCCUCUUCCAGUCCCCGGCGGUUCUUGCUGGACUGAUAGACGAACUCUACAUCAUGGAGCGGGCCUUCUGGGUGCAGCCGGGCCGCUCCGAGUGGUGGGAAAAGGUGGUGCUGCCCCAUUGGGAUGACCACCUUUGGCAGGAGAACUUCCGGAUGAGUCGGCAGACUUUCAUGGAGCUGUGUGACGGAUUGAGGCCAGUUCUGGAGCAUCAGACAACCAACAUGCGGGCUCCCAUUACUGUUGAGAAGCAGCUGGCCAUAGCUAUAUGGAAGCUGGCCACCCCAGAUAGCUACCGCUCGGUAGCAGAGUGCUUUGGCGUUGGUCGCUCCACUGUCUCCAGGAUAGUCAUGGAAGUUUGCCAAGCUCUUUAUGAUGUCUAUCACCAUGUGGUUCUUCUGACCAGGCCCCAGGAGGUGAUAAAAGGCUUUUCGGCCAAAGGUUUCCCUCAUUGCAUUGGGGUGAUCGAUGCAACCCACAUCCCUAUCAUUGCUCCUGCCCACCGAGCCAUGGAAUAUAUCAACAGCCGAGGGUAUUACUCGAUGGUUCUGCAGGCCCUGGUGGAUCACGAAGGCAAAUUCAUUGACGUGUAUGCUGGGCGAUCGGGAAAAGUUCAUGAUGCCAGGAUCUUUCGCAGCUCCCCCAUCUUCCGGGCCAUGAACCAAGGCACUUUCGGUCCUAGCGCUACGAUGGACGUAGAGGGAGAGCAAGUGAAGCCGGUCAUCCUUGGAGACCUUGCUUACCCUCUUCUGCCAUGGCUAAUGGCUCCUUACAGUGGCCAGUUGGACUCCCGAAAACAGCUCUUCAACAGCACGCUUGGCCGCUGCCGGACAGUGGCGGACUAUGCCUUUCAGCGGCUCAGGGGCCGCUGGCGGUGCCUCCUCUCCCGCCUCGAUGUGCGAGAACGCUACGCCCCGCGGGUCAUUGUAGCCUGCUGCAUUUUGCACAACAUCUGUGAGAGCAAAGGGGAACCUCUGCAGGAAGGGUGGGAAGAGGUGGUGAGGUCCGUGUCAAGAUCUUACCAGCAGCCAGAAAGGCAGCUGAUGUACAUGUCCAACCCUCAUGCCCGGGAGAUCAGGGAUCUUUUUAGCACAUACUUGGAAAGGAGAUAUCAGGACAAGUAGCGUGGAAUUCAUGCUUAUUUAUCCUCCUUUCCCUCCCCUCCCCACCCCACCCAAAAAACCUCCCCUUGGAACAGAAGUUGGGGAAAGGAAAGCUGGCUUUUCUCUGCCUCUUUUCCGAAUACAAAUAAUCCUUGACUUACAGCCAUUCAUUUAGCAACCAUUCAAAGUUAUAAUGGCACUGA